AUGAGCUCAGGCUUUUGCACCCAUCAAAUGCCUGCAAUGCAAACUUCCAAUUCUACUUUUCCUAUUCUAGCCAUUGCUGUUCUAAGCAGCAUGGCCAUAGUUUUCGUGCUAAUUAGCUAUUACAUUUUCGUUAGUAAAUGCUGCAAUAUCUGGCAAAGACUUAAUCUACCAAGGCGAUUUUCUAUCUUUGGAGCUAGACAGAAUGAAGAACCCUCUAUAAUCUACUCUCCAACAAUGUGGAACUGUGGACUCGAUGAUUCAGUGAUUCGCGAUAUCCCGACUUGUCAAUUCAGAAGAGAAGACGGUGAUGAGGAGAAAAAUAUCUAUGGAUGUGUGGUUUGUUUAAACGAGUUUCAAGAACAAGAAUUUCUAAGAGUUCUUCCAAAUUGUGGGCAUGCUUUCCAUUUGGAUUGUAUUGGUAAAUGGCUUCAAAGCAAUGGCAAUUGCCCUCUUUGCCGGACAAUCAUUUCGGGCUCAACUCGAUAUUUCUUCGAUCAUAUAAUUGCACCAAGAUCUUCACCUCAAGACUCACAGCAAUACACUGAUAGCCUUGUCGGCGCUGAUGAGGAUUUUGUGGUUAUUGAAUUUGGAGGAGAUGAAGAUGCUUUGUUCCCUCAUAGGCAACAAGAAAGAGAGAAUUCAAAUGAGGUGUUCGUUCAGCCUACAAGUCAGUCACCAAAGAGGUCAGAGCAGAAGCUCAAGAACUUAAAACAAAAAAAUGGCCACCAUAAAGGGGAUGAGUGCAUUGAUAUAAUAAGAAAGAAAGAUGAUCAGUUCCCCAUUAAGCCUAUUAGGAGAUCCUUCUCACUGGAUUUUGCUGCGGAUCGACAGCUUUAUUUAUCUGUUCAAGCAAUUUUUCAACAAAAUGGGCAUCAUAGAGAGGUUAAUAGUAAUGAAGAAUCUAGCAACAGAUCCCAGAGAACCUUUCUACCAUUCAGACAUGGAAGGGGAUCAAGAAGUGAUGCUCUACAUGUUGAAUCCAAUUGA